AUGAGGGCCUUAUCUCGGAAUUAGAGGCAAAAACCUCAGCUGCUCUGUUAUUUAUCUCCUCUCCUUGUCCCGCUGAGUUUUCCGAUUGCACUCGGUCCAACUUUAGAACAAGGAGUUUUGAGCAUCUCCUUGACAUGGCAAAUUCUCUAUGCUUUGCUCCGGCUUGUUCUGUCAAGCCUCCACCCAGAGCGGGAGCAGUGAUUGGCAAUUCGUUUGCCGGAAAAGUUCUCAGAGUGAAUGAAGCGUGUAUCGGGACUAAAGUUGCAAGAUUUCGGUCUUUGGAAGUAAAGGCUGCGGAGAAUAGUCGAGACACCAAGCCCCGAAGCAUCGUCUGUGCUAAUUGUGAUGGAAAUGGUGCAGUGCUGUGUUCCCAAUGCAAAGGGACUGGAGUAAACUCCGUAGACCACUUCAACGGACAGUUUAAAGCUGGUGCGAUAUGUUGGCUUUGCAGAGGCAAAAGGGACAUGUUGUGCGGGGACUGCAACGGAGCUGGCUUCCUCGGUGGAUUCAUGAGCACAUUUGACGAAUGAAUUUCUCCUUUUCACUAAGUUCAUUAUUUCCGGUUAUGUGCGUGAGCCUCAAAUACGAUAGUUGCCCUUCUUCUUAAGGAUAGUAUGCAAUGUUUGAAGUCCCGAUGAGAAGGGAUGAUGUCCAUUCUGUACCGAAGUACGUUCAGUUCUUUAGCGUUCUCUGAUAAGCUUAUGGAAGAAGUUUGAUGCAGUGGUUUAAGGCGCGA